UAAUUAUAAACCCAGAAAUCUUAUCCCUGUUGUUUCGUUCUUCCGCUGUUUCCUCACUUUCAGGCUUCCAAUUCCUUUCAGUGUCUCAGGAAAACGAAGAUGGCAGGAAAAGGUGGAAAGGGGCUUCUGGCAGCGAAAACAACCGCAGCUAGCAAGGAAAAAGACAAGGAUAAGGACAAGAAGCGCCCGGUUUCUCGCUCAUCUCGUGCUGGAAUUCAGUUUCCCGUCGGUCGUAUCCACCGUCACCUCAAAUCUCGGGCUUCUGCAAACGGGAGAGUUGGCGCCACAGCUGCUGUUUACCUGGCUUCUAUCCUUGAAUACUUGACAGCCGAGGUUCUUGAGUUGGCCGGAAAUGCAAGCAAGGAUCUGAAAGUGAAAAGAAUCACCCCAAGGCAUCUGCAGCUGGCUAUUAGGGGGGAUGAAGAGCUUGACACCCUCAUCAAGGGCACCAUUGCUGGUGGUGGUGUGAUCCCUCACAUUCACAAGUCCCUCAUCAACAAAACCACCAAAGAAUAGUAAUGUCUGAUUUCAAACAGAUGUUUACUUUCAAGUACCUUUUAUAUGUUUGUCAUGCGUCUUCUGUGUUAUGUGUAGGUUUUGUUUAAUCUCUCUAGAACAUCUGGUUAGUGUAUAUGUUUGUAGUAACUCUCUAGGUUUGUUCCUUUGAACUUGUGACCUAUACUUAGAGUAGGAAUGAUGCUUGUUGGGUACUUUUAACUAAUGUUUCCUUGGAUAUUUUAUCAGAUUAUGGCUGAGAAGUUCUCAUA